AGUAUCCAGUCACACGGUUUUGUUCUGCAUCGCACCUUCUUCGCUCGUUCAUGUCUUAUGAAACCAUCUCUUUUGAAAAGUGUUAGACAAAGGCGGCAACAAAGACCCUGGAAUCGCAAAGCUGUCACCACAACGGCCUCAUAACCCCGCCACCAACCAAAGACAGACAGGACUGAAGACAAGCUCUCACCUUCACAAACUCACUCGACUAUGAGUAGUAGUCGUCCACGCACAAAGAUCCGCGCUCCUAGAAGGGGCGUGGCUGGCGCGAACGAUGUCAACUUUGAAGAUACCUGGACCACCCUCUCGUCUGCUUUUGGCGAGAUUCAUACCAAGAAUGCCUCAGCACUAUCCUUCGAACAGCUGUACCGCGCCGCCUACAAGCUCGUGCUGAAGAAGCAGGGCGACGAGCUUUAUAAAAGAGUCGCCAACUUCGAGACCAACUGGCUAUCCACUGCUGUCCGCCAGGACAUCUCUCGCACUAUCAAAGGCACCGUCCUCGAUACUCCCAUCCUUGUGUCUAGCCCGACGGCGGAAAGCAAUGCGACGGCUCCUGAACGCCUUGAACGAGGCACCCGCUUCCUAGCCGCUCUCAAGUCUGCCUGGCAGGACCAUCAGACGUCCAUGAGCAUGUUGACCGACGUCCUCAUGUACAUGGACCGCGUCUAUUGCGCCGAUACUAGACAACCUUCCAUCUUCUCAAAAGCUAUGAGUCUUUUCCGGGAUAGCGUCCUGUACUCGACCGCAAUUACCGCCAGCGAAGUCGCAAUCGCCUCGGGUCUGAAGCAUCUGUCUUUCUUAGACGUCCUGAACGCCGUCAUUCUCGAUCAAAUCCACAUGGACCGCGAUGGCGACUACAUCGACAAGUCCUUGAUCAAAGCCAACACCUACAUGCUGGAGGGUCUAUUCGAGAGUGAGCAGGAGGGAGAAGAAGACAAAUUGUACCUCACCCGCUUCGAGCAAGAGUUCCUCGCCAAAAGUGCAACCUUCUACCGUGACGAGAGCAAAAGACUGCUGAAAGACUCGGAUGCUGGCACAUACUGUCGCCAUGUCAAGAGAAGGAUAGACGAAGAAGCUGAUCGCUGUCGUUCCACUAUCUCAGAGUCCACCUCUACCAAAAUUAUCAAGGUUGUCGAGGACGAACUGAUCCGCCAUCAGAUCAAGGCUCUGAUCGACAUGGACAGCGGCGUACAAUUCAUGGUCACGAACGAUAGACAUGACGAUCUCGGUCUGGUCUUUGAGCUGGAGAGUAGAGUGGACCCCAAGAAGCCGGAGCUGACAAAAGCAAUCCAGAAGAUCAUUCAGGAAAUGGGAACGAAUGUCAACAGCAACGCCCUUAACCAGUCAACCGCUUCGUCGAUUGCUCCACCAGUACCGGCAGAGGAAGGCGAAGGCGCAGACAAAGAGAAGGCCAAGCCGGCGGAGAAGGCCGUCAAUUUGCAGACCGUGGCAGCUCUGAAGUGGGUCGAAGAUGUAUUGGAACUCAAAGACCGCUUUGACCGCAUCUGGAAACUCGCCUUCAACCAGGACCAAGUUUUGCAGACUGCGCAAACUCGCAGUUUCUCCGACACGAUAAACGCCUUCCAACGAAGCUCAGAGUACAUCUCGCUUUUCAUCGAUGACAACAUGAAGAAGGGAAUCAAGGGCAAGACUGAGGAAGAGGUUGAUCAAGUGCUCGAGAAGGCCAUCACAUUGGUUCGCUAUCUCCAGGACAAGGACGUGUUUGAAACAUACUACAAGAAACAUCUUUGUAAGCGUCUGCUCAUGGGCAGAUCUGUGAGUAUCGAUGUUGAAAAGCAAAUGAUCAAUCGCAUGAAGAUCGAACUCGGCAACAGCUUUACGACCAAGAUGGAAGCCAUGUUCAAGGAUAUGACGCUCUCUGACGAACUCACUUCCGGUUACCAGACAUAUGUCGAGAAACUCGGCGACAAUGAGCCAAAGAGAGUUGAACUUAGUAUACACGUUCUCACCAGCAUGACUUGGCCAAUGGAGACUAUGAGAGGAUUGGACGAGGACAGGGACGGAGCCAUCAAGACGAUCUUCCCGCCCGCCAUCGAAAAGAUCAAGACUAGUUUCGAGCAGUAUUACACAACAAAGUACUCUGGUCGUAUACUCAGCUGGCAGGGUAGUAUGGGUACAGCCGACAUCAAGGGAACCUUCAAGAUUCCCAGCAAGGAUGGUGGUCCUCCCAAGAUCAGAACGCACGAGCUCAACGUCUCGACUUACGCCAUGAUCAUCCUGUCACUGUUCAACGACCUUCCUGCAGAUGGCUCCCUGACUUGUGAGGAGAUCCAGGCGCAGACCAACAUUCCUCGCAACGAGCUCAUCAGAAACCUCCAAUCGCUAGCGGUGGCGCAAAAGACUCGUCUUCUGGUCAAGGAGCCGAUGAGCAAGGACGUCAAGCCAACCGACCGCUUCUCUUUCAACGAAAAGUUCACCUCCAAGUUCAUCAAGGUCAAAGUCGGCGUCGUCUCUGCAGGUAACAAGGUCGAAAACGACAAGGAGCGCAAGGAUACAGAGAAGAAGAACAAUGAUUCUCGCGGCUUUGUCAUCGAGGCUGCUAUCGUGCGCAUCAUGAAACAGCGCAAGGAGUCUACCCAUCAACAGCUGGUUGCAGAGACACUUACACAGCUCAGCGCACAAUUCAAGCCCGAAGUCCCAAUGAUCAAGAAGAAGAUUGAGAGUCUGAUUGAGCGUGAGUACUUGGAGCGUAUGGAGGGCGCCAAGGUGCCUUCAUACCGCUACCUCGCAUAGUGCUGCUUAGGCUUCAUCUUUUUCUCCUUGCUUCUUCUCACGGCGUAUAUCUGGCGAGUCCUUUUCUUCAUAAAAGCAUUACAGGGAGUCAAAAUCGAGCGAAGGUGUUUUUUUUUCUCUUCUUUGCAGAUUCAAAAGGGCAAAAAAAGUCCUGGGAUCUCAUACAGACAUGAAAGGAGCAUAAAAGGCGCAAAUGGCAGCAUUUUCUUUUUUUUUCAAUGAGGAAGGAUUGGGGAUGGAUGUUGUAUUCUUUUCUAGCGAAAUGGCGCUGAUUAAGGUGCUAGCAGAGACAAAUGAAACGAAAUUUCACAGAUCAAAGUGCACCACCAU